AAACAGUGCAGUAGAUAUAAAAGCCCAAACUGUGCAAAACCCUAUCUCUUGUUGUCGUUACCGAGUUUUGCCGUAUGUUAUAGUUUCCAAACGCACGCAGCGAGUUAGGCGCGGCGAGAUCAGGACCAGAUUCCAAGAUGAAGUUUAACAUUGCAAACCCCACCACUGGAUGCCAGAAGAAGCUGGAAAUUGAUGACGACCAGAAGCUUCGAGCAUUUUGGGACAAGAGGAUCUCCCACGAGGUCCUUGGUGAUGCCUUGGGUGAGGAGUUUAAAGGCUAUGUUUUCAAAAUCACUGGUGGGUGUGAUAAACAAGGAUUCCCAAUGAAGCAGGGAGUGCUGACCCCUGGUCGUGUCCGACUCUUGCUCCAUAGAGGAACUCCUUGUUUCCGUGGAUAUGGAAGGCGCAAUGGAGAGCGCAGAAGGAAGUCUGUUCGUGGGUGCAUUGUCAGCCCAGACCUCUCUGUUUUGAACUUGGUAAUUGUGAAGAAGGGUGAAAGUGAUUUGCCAGGUCUGACCGAUGUUGAGAAGCCAAGGAUGAGGGGUCCAAAGAGAGCAUCCAAAAUCCGAAAGCUAUUCAACCUUUCCAAGGAGGAUGAUGUGAGAAAGUAUGUCAACACAUACCGUCGAACCUUUACAACAAAGGCUGGGAAAAAAGUGAGCAAAGCUCCAAAGAUUCAACGACUGGUCACUCCUUUGACACUCCAAAGGAAGCGAGCAAGAAUUGCUGAUAAGAAGAAGAGAAUUGCCAAGGCAAAAUCAGAAGCAGCAGAGUAUCAGAAACUCCUUGCUUCCAGAUUGAAGGAGCAGAGGGAUCACCGGAGUGAGAGCCUGGCCAAGCGGAGAUCCAAGCUUUCCAGUGCUACCAAACCAACUGUCACGGCAUAGGCUGCUUUUUGGUAGAGAUAUGGUGAAGUUUAAACUUCACCGUAGUUUUUGGUAGUCUCGUUUUUUAUAACAUUUUUGGUUAUGCAAUUUAAAUACAUCGAGUUCAUUUAAGUAUUUCGCAAUGAUUUUUGCCUUAGUUGGAACUUUUAUCUGUUUGAUGAUGUUGACUUUUAUAAACAUAUUACAUUUCAUUUUAUGAAUGCUGUGAUUAACGUGAACAAGCCUUUUGUAAGCUUGUAGGGCGAGAUGCAUUUUAUUUUUUCAAACA